GCCUCGUCGGGGUCCUGCCGCUUUCCAGCAGGGCCCGCCGCCGCGGCCCGCGCCCCUGGCCCCUAGCCCGGCAGCCAGGCGGGAAUCCCCCAGCCCAGCGACUCCGCGGGUCGGGGUCGCACAGGGCCGCGGCUGGCGCUCGCGCCGGGGUCCCCGCCGCCCCCCCUCCACCUCCCCCCGGGAGGGAGGAGGAGACUCGGCGGCCCUCCCCCGGCCCUCCCGGCGACGGCCGCGGCCAGCACCGUGCCCGCUCCACCCAGCCGCGGCGGGCCCACGUCCGGCGCACGGCCGCCCCGGCCCGAGGUGCAAGGAGACAUCGCUACCGAUGGCCUGGCAAGCAGUGGGUUGCAGUGACCAUGCACAGUGGUAACACCAGGCGUCCCCCGCCCUGCCUCUGAACUAGGCCACAAGUUGGAGCCCAGCACCCUCCCGGCUGCGCCAUGAGCCACGGGCCAAGUCCUCGGCUGGCCGAGUCUCCGCAGCUAUCCAAGGGCAGCCUGCUGACCAUCCUGGGCAGUCCGUCGCCUGAGCGCAUGGGGCCAGUCGACUCGCUGCCACCCACGCCACCCAGUGGCACGCCCUCACCUGGGCCACCGCCCUCGCUGCCCUUGCCGCCGCCACCCACGCUGCUGGCAGACGGGGACUGGGAGAGCCGCGAGGAGCUGCGGUUGCGGGAGCUGGAGGAGGCGCGCGCGCGAGCGGCGCAGAUGGAGAAGACCAUGCGCUGGUGGUCGGACUGCACAGCCAACUGGCGUGAGAAGUGGAGCAAGGUGCGCGCGGAGCGCAACCGGGCCCGCGAGGAGGUGCGCCAGCUGCGCCAGCGCCUGGACGCGCUUACCAAGGAGCUGGCAGGCGCACGGCGCGAGCGCCAGGAGGCGCAGGGAGAGUGCGAGGCGAGGGGCCGCGAGCUGGCCCGGCUUCGGGGCUCCCGGGGCACCUCGGACAAGACGCAUGACGGUCCCGAGCCGGAUCCCGAGAGGGAGCACGAGCCCGUGCGCGAUAUCGGGUCAGAGAGGCCACAGGACAGCCAGGAGCUGGAUCUGGUGGAGAACCUCCUGAGGAGCAGACCGGAGGAGCCCGAGGGCAGCUGGGAGGCUCGAAGCGUGGGCUCUGGGGGCCCUCGGGGCAGCUCCGGCCGCCAGGAGCGUAACCGGCUACCCUGGGAAGACACAGCCAGCACCGAGGAGGACACCUCCAAGCUGACCGCCCUGCGCCUGCGGCUGGAUGAGUCCCAGAAGGUGCUGCUCAAGGAGCGAGAGGAUAAGAUGGCACUGAGCAGGAACAUCGAGAAGCUGGAGGGGGAGCUCAGUCAGUGGAAGAUCAAGUAUGAAGAGCUGAGCAAGACCAAGCAGGAGAUGCUCAAGCAGCUCAGCAUCCUGAAGGAGGCGCACCAGGACGAGCUGGGCCGCAUGUCUGAAGACCUGGAGGACGAGCUGGGUGCGCGGUCCAGCAUGGACAGGAAGAUGGCCGAGCUGAGGGGCGAGAUGGAGCGGCUGCAGGCCGAGAACGCAGCCGAAUGGGGCCGCCGGGAGCGCCUGGAGACGGAGAAGCUGGGCCUGGAGCGGGAGAACAAGAAGCUGCGGGCUCAGGUCGGGGACCUGGAGGAGGCCCUGGCCCGGCGGCGGCGGCAGACAGCCAGCGCCCUGGACUGCGACCUGCGGACCAGUCAGGCCGCACUCUUCGAGAAGAACAAGGAGCUGGCAGACCUGAAACACGUGCAUGGCAAGCUGAAGAAGCAGCUGCAGGAGAAGGUGGCGGAGCUGGCGCACGCCAGCCGGCGGGUGGAGCAGCACGAGGCGGAGGUGAAGAGGCUGCGGCUGCGGGUGGAGGAGCUCAAGAAGGAGCUGGCCCAGGCCGAGGAUGAGCUGGACGAGGCCCACAACCAGGCGCGCAAGCUGCAGCGGUCCCUGGAUGAGCAGACGGAGCAGAGUGAGAACCUGCAGGUGCAGCUGGAGCACCUGCAGUCCAGGCUCCGCAGGCAGCAGCAGAACGCCCCCCUCUUUGGGAAGAUCCGCAGCACCCGCUUUGGCACCGAGGAGGCGGGGGAUGGAGCCAGUGACCUCGAUGAGGAUGAGGACCUGCAAAUCCAGGUGGCCUAGACCCUCCCAGGGCUGGGCAGGACCAGCCGCAAGCCACAGACCCCGGGCUGCCUGUGGCCGCCGUGGGUCCAGUCACUGCCCCCGCCACGGACCACUUCCUACUCUCCCAGGGAGGCACCGCCAUCCCCCCGCAGCCUGGGGAAGGAAAGCCUGUCUUAUAUAUAUGCCCAGGGCUGCUUGGGCCCCUUUGGUUUAAUAAACACAGGGCCACUAGAGGCCCAGUCCAGUUGACCCCAGCAUCCAGGACCUAUGCGGGGUGGAGCCUGUCCGGACAAGGUUGCUGGGGUCCCCACCGGGCUGCCUUGGUGGCCCAGCAGGAGCUGUUCAUAACAAUGCCAUGAGCCCAGUCUUUUGUAAUAAAUGGAGUUCAAGUUCUUGGGGUCAGAGUCCUAAGAGUGUGGCAGAUACAGGAGGGACCUGGGGGUCAGCGUCAGCCUGUAUCGGACACUGAACCAGAGCUCAGGAACAUCGAGUGACGGAAUGAAGGAAGGAAUGGACAUGGGAGCUGGAAGGAGGAAUGCAGUGCACAGCCAACGUGGAGAUGUGGAGGCUUCAGUUCUGAUACCUGAUGGUUCCAGUUUCUAUUUUGGUCCUCCCUGGCUGUGCAAUCUCAGGGAA